GGCGACGCGGCGGCCGCGGAGGUACCCCGCGCCCUCGUGCCGCGCGUAAGGCUUCAGGAGGUCCCAGAAGCUGUCCCCCCACGCCCAUCCCUCUAUCUCCCUCUCCCGCCGGCGUCGGGUUCGGCUGUGGCGGAGGUUGAAUUCCCAGGGUGCGGGGAGUCGCGCCCGGCCGCCGGCGCUCGUGCGGGACCCGCAGGGCGGCUGCUACUGGGCUGCCUCUGCCGUUGCGGUGGGUUCUCCCUCCGGGUCUCUCCUGUUGACGAGUGGGCCCGUCCUGCCGAUUCCGGUUCGCGACUCUUCGUCUUCGAUUCCCGUCGAGCGGAGCCACGGACGCCGCCCUACCCGCUUGCGCCGCCACCAUGGGUUGGGAGAUCGACGGUGUCACGCUAGAGCAGAGAGAGGCCGUUCAGCCUCCGCCGCCGCCGGGAGAGGCCGCCGCCGCUGUUGGGCUCAUCGACGACCUGCAAUCUCCAGUUGUAGGAGCACUGACAUUUGACCAAGAGAACUGUGAUUGGUCGCUGCUGCCUGCUCCAACACCGCCAAAAUCACCAUCAUUGACAGAUGAAACUCCCAGUACACCAAAGAAUGCAUCAAUAAAGCCAUAUGUUGGAAUGCCUUUUGAGAACAUUCAUGCUGCAGAGAAGUUCUACAAAGAAUAUGCACAUGAUACAUCUAUGUGAAGUUGGAUGCUGAUAAUAGAUACACUAUACAGUCAAUGGUUGAUGAGCACAAUCAUGGUCUUGUCUCACCAGAUAAGCGUCAUUUGCUCAGAUCAAAUCGUUCAGUAAGUGAACGUGCAAAAAACACCCUUUUCAACUGUCACAAAGAAAGCAUGGGUACCUCACAGGGAUAUAGGCUACUUAAUGUUAGCGAGGGAGGAUUUGAUAAUGUUGGAUGCACCUUGAGGGACUUACAAAACUACUAUCGUGACCUUAGGAAAAAGAUUACAAAUGCAGAUGCCGAGAUGUUUGUUGCACAGUUAGAGAGGAAGAAGAAAAUCAAUCCAGAUUUUUUCUAUGAUUUCGUUGUGGAUGAACAUGGCCGGUUGGUGCAUGUUUUUUGGGCUGAUGCUGUGAGUAGAAAGAACUAUUCUCACUUUUGUGAUGUGAUUUCCUUUUAUUCUACAUACAGCACGAACCAAUAUAAUAUGAUCUUUGCACCU